AUGGGACUUAACACAAAGAAAAUUUCGCCUCUAUUAGAAUUCACUGCAAAAGCAGUGGAGUUUAUUUUUCAAGCCAAAGCCAUAGGCUUUAAAAAAGACCCAUUUGCGAAAUCUCCAGCAAAAUCAGAAUCCAAUGAUCUCCAGCCAAUUCGUGACCAAGUUUAUAGCAUUUUUAGCGAGAACUCAGACUAUCAAGAGCUUAUUAUAGAGAUUUUAGAAACCUGUGAAGACUGCAAUACCCAGUUAAUUGAACUGUGGAGAUUUAUCAGUACAGCUAAGAAAAAUCACAAUAAAAUCAAAAAAUCAGACAGCGAGUUAGAGCUUGCUACUAAUCUCAGAGUCCUGAUGGCAGGCAGUCUAUUGCUCCCUUCGAGCUACAAAGAUAAGUCAAGGCUGAGGGUAAAUAUCAGAAAGCCUUCAGUUAAGCCAACACUUUGAAAUUCAAAUCUAUCACAGGAUGAAAUCCUGAGAUUUCCUGAGCAAGGGCUUAUGGUAACCGGAGAAAAUAGUAUAUUAACAGUCUACGUGGAGUAUAUAGAAAGAGACAUAAAGCCAGAAUUAAUAGUCCAGAACUUAGGAAACAGAAUCAGAGCAUUUUCUUUUGACAUAGAAGAUACCAAAUAUAUGGCCGAUUCACUUGACUGAUCUCCUUCAUCAGGGAAAAAAGGCAAAACUAAAAUGCUGUCUUUAAUUGACUCAGAAAGCUUUUAUGAAGAUAACGAGUCAGGAAUAAAACUUAUUUCAAGUGUCUAUGAUUCCAAUAGUGAAAGUUCAGAAUCAGAAAAAAAUGAAUUUGCGAAUAACAGCUUUGAAAUGAAUUUUGGAUCAGAUGGACUGGAGGAGGAUCCAGAUUUGCUUGUGUCGAAUUAUUUGAAUAAAUGUGACAAGGCAGGAAAAACACCUUUGUUUAUAGGCCAUGACACAGCCCUGAUAGAGGCUGCUGCUUUGGUCAAGAAAUGGAGACAAACACAUGUAAAAUAA